GGGCCCGUGCCACCCCCGCCCCCAACACCCCGCUCCCCGCCGCGCAUGGCGGCGCCCAGUGUGCGGGCGGCGGCCGGGGCCCUGCGGAGAGCCUGCGGAGCGUGGAGCCCGCGCCUGGGACGGCGUCUGCUCUGCUCGCCCCCCAUGGCCGGGAACGUGCAGGCCCCCGCCCCCGUGGGCGCCGCGCGGGAGCAGGACCGGAAGGCCCGGAGCAGCUGGCAGGGCGGGGCGCGGGUCUGGGAGGACGCGGAGCAGCAGGCCAAGAAGCUCAGGAGCAGUCCGGACGGGGAGCUGCAGAGGAAGCUGCCCAAGCGGAAGAUCGUGCUGCUCAUGGCCUAUUCCGGGAAGGGCUACCACGGCAUGCAGAGGAACGUUGGGUCCUCACAGUUCAAGACCAUCGAAGAUGACUUGGUGUCUGCUCUGGUCCGGUCGGGUUGUAUUCCUGAAAAUCACGGUGAAGACAUGAGGAAAAUGUCCUUCCAGCGGUGUGCCCGGACAGAUAAGGGCGUGUCGGCGGCCGGCCAGGUCGUGUCCCUGAAGGUGUGGCUGAUAGACGACAUUUUAGAAAAGAUCAACAGCCACCUUCCGCCUCACAUCCGGAUCCUGGGACUGAAGAGGGUCACGGGCGGCUUCAACUCCAAGAACAAGUGUGACGCUAGGACCUACGUCUACAUGUUGCCCACAUUUGCCUUCGCCCACAAGGACCACGACGUGCAGGAUGAGAGCUACCGGCUGAGCGCGGAGACGCUGCUGCGCGUGAACAGGCUCCUCGCCUGCUACAAGGGCACGCACAACUUUCACAACUUCACCUCGCAGAAGGGGCCCCGUGAGGCCAGCGCUCGGCGCUACGUCCUGGACAUGUUCUGCGAGGAACCCUUCGUGCGGGACGGCAUGGAGUUCGCGGUGAUCAAGGUGAAGGGGCAGAGCUUCAUGACGCACCAGAUCAGGAAGAUGGUCGGCCUGGUGGUGGCCAUCGUCAAGGGCUACGCCCCCGAGAGCGUGCUGGAGCGCAGCUGGGGGGAGGCGAAGGUGGACGUGCCCAAGGCGCCAGGGCUCGGCCUGGUCCUGGAGCGCGUGCACUUCGAGAAGUACAACCAGCGCUUUGGCAAUGACGGGCUCCACGAGCCGCUGGACUGGUCGCGGGAGGAGGCGGGGGUCACGGCGUUCAAGGAACAGCACAUCUACCCCACCAUCAUCAGCACCGAGCGCCACGAGCGGUCCAUGGCCCAGUGGCUGAGCACCCUGCCCGUGCACGACUUCAACGCCACCGCCCACGCCGCAGCCUGCCCAGAUGCCAAGGUCUCCAGCCCCCCAGGAGACAGUGAUUGAGGUGGUGGCCGCCC